ACAGAAUUGCGAUUUCGACUGAAAUCAGUCGUUCUUGUUGAUGAUCUUGCUUCUUCUCGCUGCGCGAACGCAAUCGUUGAUGGAGCAAAAAGCAAACAGCGAGGAGCAGCCAUUUCCUUCCAAUCAGUCAACCACCUCGCUUCAUCGCUUUGCAACAUCAACAAACAACAGCCAGACGCACACGCACCUUCGACGUUCGCGGCUCAACAAGUUCCACGACACACAGCAUGGAGACCACGUUUAUGAGGGCUGAAGCAUCGUCGCCAAGCGCAGCAGCUGGCGGAGCAGGGGGCAUGUUUGAUUUCUCCCAUGUCAAGCGCGACACCCAGCAACACCUGACGCGGGUGUACGGCGCUCUCACUGCCGCCGCUGGCGCUGCAGCCGUCGGCGCUUACUCCUACGACGUUGUCCUUGACGGCAUGUUUUCGGGCUUUUGGCUGCUGUUCUUGGGCAGCCUGUUCUGCGUGUAUCAGCUCAAGAGCUCACACUGCAAUGACAUCAACCAGCCCACGUCGCGCUGGCUCUACCUCCUUGGGUUCGGCUUCCUUACUGGCGUUUCCAUCGGGCCCCUGCUGGAUCUGGUUGCGUUCAUCGACCCAAGCAUUCCAACCACAGCCCUCGUGAUGACAACGCUUGUGUUUGCCACGUUCACCAUGAUGGCUCUCCAGGCUCCCUCCCGCACCUGGCUUUACCUUGGAGGCAUCCUUGGCUCGAUGAUGCUGGUCAGCCUGACCAUGGCCAUUGUCAACAUCUUCCUCGGCUCCAUCAUCCUCUUCCAGGCCGAGCUGAUGCUGGGUAUGCUCAUCUUCUCCGGAUUUGUUGUCUUUGACACGCAAGUCAUCAUCACCAAGCACGAGCUGGGCGACCGCGACUACCUGAGCCACGCGCUCGACCUCUUUGUGGACGCCGCCGCCCUCUUCAAGCGCAUCCUCGUCCUUCUCGCCCAGAACAAGGCACGUCGGUCGGACGAGAGCGGAAGCCGCCGCAACACAAAGCGUCGUUGAACGAACGAAUGGAAUGAUGUUGCACCAAGCAACUCACAGCACCAUGUGCCUCACACCCUGGCUGCUGAAUUGCAGCACGACAAUGGGUGUCAACGCUGGCCUCUUCUCCUUGCCAUUUGUUCCAAUUGGUCCUUGCUCUGCUGCUACUUCUUAUUGAUGGUGUAUCCGUUUUGCUCGCGUCCCGAUCGUGUCUGUGCCUGUGUCUGUGUUCCGUGUCUGUGUGCUGUGUCUGUGAGUUUCUCCUCUGAAGCCUUUGAGUUACAUUUCAGCGUGUGUGCAAUAGAGCUCAAGACAAUACGAGAA